GUGCGCGCAGAGUGCGCGUGUGGAGGGAACGAGCAAGAAGGGCCUGUUUGAGCGUGUUUUUGAGGAAGACACUUUUCUGCAGCAGCGAACUGAGCUCCCCUCACUGACGCCUUUCUCUUCUGUUCAUUGGUCAUGGAGUUAUACACGCGGACCGAUCGAUCCAUGGAUUAAUCGGAUUCGAGUUGGUCUUUCUUGGAGUUUUUAGCUGGAGAGAUGCAGAUGCUGUGGCUGAUGCUGAGUGCUCUCUCAGUCUGUGCUCAAAGUGGAUUGGACAGCACAGACCACACCCCCCUAGAGCAACAACACCUGGUUUCCAACGGCAAUAGAUGUCCAGAUUUCUGCCUCAUUGACUUUCCUCUGUGCCUUGAUGAAAACUCCAGACUGAGCUUUGAGGCCAUCUGCUCCAUCCACAAAAUGAUGGACGACGAUGCAGACGGAAAUGUGGACAGUACAGAGACAGAUGAGUUUUUACGCGAAGACAUGAAGUUUUCAGACUCCAAAACCAAACGACGAAAUUUUCACCGAGCCGACCUCCACAUCAGCAUCGAAGACAUGUGGACCACUUGGAAAUACUCUGAGGUCUAUAACUGGUCGCUAGUACAGGUGGAGCAGUGGUUGUCUCUCAGUGUGGAGCUUCCUCAGUAUUCAGCCUCCUUCAGAAACCUGCAGCUCAACGGCACCGCCCUCCCCAGGUUAGCAGUGAAAAACUCUACUCUCACUGGCUCUUUAUUGAAGAUCUCAGAGCGAAGCCAUGCACAGAAACUUCAGCUCAAAGCCCUGGACACAGUUCUGUUCGGACCUCCUCCAGGGCGUGACACCCGCUGGAAGGACCUGAUUUUGUUCCUGUCUGUGAUCCUGGCUCUGGUCGGGUGCUGGUUCGCCUAUGCUCAGACCAGGAAAUCCCGCGAUGACCUCAGUAAACUCACCAAAGACCUGGAGGGACUGCAGAAGGCAGAGCAGAGCCUCCUAGACCUGCAGGACAAACUGCAGAAGGCGCAGGAGGAGCAGCGGUGUGUUCAGGUGGAGAAAGUCCAAGUGGAGAAGCAGCUGAGGAGUGAGAUUGAGUCGGCAAAACAGGAAGCCCAGCGUCUGAGAGAGCUGAGGGAGCAAACUGGCAAUGAGACCAACCGACAGAAAUAUGUGGAGGAGGAGCUACAGCAGAUGCGCAUGGCCCUGAAGAAGGCGGAGCGAGAGCUGGAGUCACGCUCUGACUGGUCACCUCCAGAGCCUCUUCAGAAAUGGCUGCAGCUCACCCAUGAAAUUGAGGUCCAAUAUUACAACAUGAAAAAACAAAGCGCGGAGAGGCAGCUGCUGCAGGCCAGAGAGGGAGCUGAAAGGAUAAAGAAGAAGCGUAGUUCACUGUUUGGGACGUUCCAUGUGGCUCACAGCUCUUCACUGGAUGACGUCGACCACAAAAUCCUGUCUGCAAAACAGGCGCUGUCGGACGUGACCGCUGCUCUCCGAGAGAAGCUGCACCGUUGGCAGCAGAUUGAAAUUCUGACUGGGUUUUGCCUGGUCCAUAAUCCGGGUCUGGGGGCUCUGGCGGCGUCUCUAAAUCUCGACCCAUCCUUUUUGGGCCUGAAGCCUCCGUCACCCACUCAUGUGCUGCUGUCCGAUGACCUUGACGAUAUGGAUGAGGAUAUUCUGUCCCCUGGAACGCUCAGAUAUGCAGCGUGGCAGAUGGAGAGAAGAGUCAGUGACCUUUGGCCUCUUGGGAAUGUAUCAGAUCAGUCGUCAUGGAAACAGUCUGCUCAGAGCCUGAUGCCCGUGCGACCUAGGCCAGGAGACCCCUUCAGAGACAUCAUAAACCGUUCGGACUCUGACUCUGCCCUUCCGCUCUCUCUCAGCGAAUCACGAAGCUCCUACAGCUCCAGGCCCUCCAUCCCCCCCUCCGUGAGGCCGCUUCCAUUCCUUAGCAGCGGCACUUUGGAGAAGAGUACCAGUUUGGGAGAGCUUAGAGCCAAUGCCGUUACCUUGCCUUCUUCCACCUCAACGCGCUCUCUCUUUGUUGGCACGGAGAUGGGGGCAGGGCUUCGGACUGGAAACCGGAAGUGCCCCGCAGAGGAGGACAACAACAGCAGCAGCAGUAGUGGAGCCACAGCAGAUGAACAAGAUGGAAGCACAUCAACAAGGAGGAGCGCUUUAAACAGGCUGUUCAGGAGAAGACAGGGACGGAAACAGGACUAAACUAUGAGUAAUGAGUGGGCCAUACAAGGAUUUACUGGAGGACUUCACUAGGACUAAAAUUAGAGAAAAGACUAAACCAGAGACUAAACCAGAGACUAAACCAGAGACUAAACCAGAGACUAAACCAGAGACUAAACCAGAGACUAAACCAGAGACUAAACCAGAGACUAAACCAGAGACUAAACCAGAGACUAAACCAGAGACUAAACCAGAGACUAAACCAGAGACUAAAAUGUGGCUCAACAAGGGCUUCACCAGGACUCCACAAAGAAGAAAAAUAAGAUAAACCUAUGGAAUAGAACAAGCCUAAACCAGGGCUGAACCAGGUUUGAAUUAAGAACAGGGAAAAAAACAGGGCCAACCCAUGAAUUGAGAAUUGUGGGAACAGUGGCUCUAAUGGGAACUGUUAUUGUGUUCUUAGGCAAGUCACUAGACUCACAUUACCUUGUAUGAAUGUGGUGUUUGAGCUAUGGGGCCGAUUGGCAGCCUUACUUCAUCAGUCUACCCCAGAGCAGCCCUGACUACAACAAUAACUUGCCAACACAGAGUAUGGCGUGAAUGAAUAAUGCUAUAAAUUGUAAAGUGACAGUCUGAGUGUCUGGAAAGCACAAUAUGAGACUAAUGCAUUAAAAAAGACUAAACCAGGGGAAAGACAGAGUUCAGCCAGUAGUAAAUCAAGGACUAAAUUUGGGGCAGGGACUAAAAUACAAACUAAAUUUGGGCUAAUGCACAACUAAUGCAUGACUUUACUAGGGACUAAAGCUAAAUGUAGCCAGGAAAUACCAUAUUCCAUUUUCCCAGUGCAAGAGGGAUGCCAUAAAAGUACCCAGGACUCAUUAUUUUGUGCUAUACAUCUGAAAAUAUUGUUCAUACAUUUCCAUUGUAAUUUUAGACAUUUAAGCAUAAAACAAAUAAGCAGUGCAAUUUUCAAUCUGCACUGUUAUGGUUUAGCAGCUGAAGACCUGGUCCAAUCCUGGUUUAAACCUGGUUCAGGCCUGGUUUAGACCUGGUUCAGUCCUGGUUUAGACCUGGUUCAGACCUGGGUCAGUCCUGGUUUAGACCUGGUUCAAACCCGAUUCAGUCCAGGUUUAACUCUAUAUUUUGCAUUCAGCUACAUUCAGUUUGAUCUACAUUUUACUGUGACCCACUUUUACUCAAAUCUAGCAUUUUUCUUUCUUUUUUUCUUUAUUCUAAUUUGAAAUAGAUGGCACCAUGUAUUUUUGAAACAUGUUUGAAAGUUGUACAGCUGUUUCACACUUUCUGUUUGUAUUUUAAUUUGUUCAUAUUGGUUACUUAAUGUAGAGGCAUUUUGGAAAGAC